AUGGGGGCUUUCAUGUCAAGGUUCUGGUUCAUGCUUUUCCCGGCAAAGGAGUACAAGAUCGUGGUCGUAGGCCUGGACAACGCCGGUAAAACGACCACCCUCUAUAAACUACAUCUGGGGGAGGUCGUCACCACACACCCCACUGUGGGGAGCAAUGUUGAGGAACUCGUCUACAAGAACAUCAGGUUUGAGGUGAGAAAAUCGGUGUUCUCUGCUCAUCUCGAUCUGCGAAUUUCCUACCUUGCUCAUGGUGCUUUGUUUCUUCCAAGCGAUGCCCUUUGUCAAGACAAAGGGCAAUUUUUCCGUAAUUGUGAUGUGGGUCUUGAGAAGUCAACACCGAUUUCCCCCUUUGUCUUGACAAAGCGUGCGAGAGUAACGGAUGCGUUAUUUGCCGAGACACUAUAAUGGUUGCAUUUGUAUUGGAAUACAAAAGGGAAUGGUACUCAUUCAUCUAGACGUGUGGACCUUCCGCUGUGAUACAAAAGUUAAUUUUUUCUUCCGUUGAGAAUGUGAGAAACUUAGUUUGAUGGUUUAUUUUUCUCUGGGAAUAUUUAAAUUUUCCGGUAAAUGGGUGCAAACGUAUGCUGAUCACUGAAACAUACUUUGCAGUUAAUAUACGUGCCACUUUUGGGCAAAACAGAUUUUCCAUCCUUUCGAAAAAACUCCCUGGAGUUUGUGCUGCCUUUAAAUUGGCCUAGGCUUUUGAUUGUUAUCAGAGACAUCAUAGUCCAUUAUACUUUUCUUUAGAUUUUAUGAUGUAGAAUAAAAUAGGCCUCUUAGUAUUUUCUCUCCAUCUGGAUGACGGUAUGGAAUAUGGAAGGUGUAUGCGGUUUAUGAUUUGCCGAAGUGCAUGUUUCUGGUCAUUUUUAUGUAAAGUGGGACUAUAUCACUUCAUGUUUAAGAUUCAUAUCGAAACAAUUAAAUAUUUAUGAAAACUGCUAUAGACUACUAUUGGUAGUGAAUCUUAUCCGGUUUAUCUGUUCCACAACCAUUCACUGGCAUCCUAUUGAUUUUGCAAGAAUGAUUCUUUGGGUGCUCUGAAGGUUAGUGUGUUUCUCAGGAGAUAGGUAAAACCCAAUGUUUCUUGGAGUUUUAUCCUUCUUCCUUCUGGAAUGGAAUGAUGUGUUAGAUGCUAGUAGGAUGGCCAUUUGGCUAUAGACUGUGGAACAUUUCUGUUAGACGUGUUUUGAAUGACACACAGGUAUUGCCUUGUCGACUUACUGAAUACUACAUGAAAAGGACAAUGAAAAUACAUCGCUGACGCAUUGAGGCAGUCAUGUUAUCACAAAAAUGCAUUGACAUCUUGAAAUUACUGAAUUCUUCUGUUACUAUCUCGUAUAUUUAAUGUAGACAAGAGUUUCUUGUCAAGGUACUGAAACCAUGUCCUGCAUCUUGACGAGUAUAGUUGUUUCCAGUUAAUAUUCCUAAACACAUUUUAAAGGAGUGGAUAGAACUGUCUGAAAUUUUCCCUUCUCUUCCACUAAUUUGUUUUCACCUUUCGCAUGAUUAGCGAUUAAUUAUCUUUUCUCAGUACUAGCGAUUAUCAUAAAAUGCCUGAUUCUUGUCUCUUUCUUUCAACGUUUCCUUUUUGCUUUUUCUUUUCCUUAUCCUUUUUAAAGCCGUCUAUUUCUCUGUCUUCUGCACUUUUGAUGUCUGAAACGUCCUUCAGCUCAAUGCCCUCAUUUUUUGGACAUGGAUCUCACUUUUUCCUUUUGAUGCACGUAAAUCCGUCUAUUCCAAUUCCUCUUACCUACCAUUGGAAAGAAGUCGAAUCCAUUUCUCCUGAGGCCACCCGCCAGCGUUAAAACUAUACUAUUCUUUCUCGCGAAGUGUUGGAUAUGAUCUGAUAAAUGUCUUUGAGGUCGGUUUCUUCUGCAGGGGUUUCUCGUGUAAAUUUCUGAGCCAGAGUUCUAGCUUGGACGGAAGUUGAUUAAACUUUAAUCUGAGUGAACCCUCUUUGGGUACUCCACUUUAAGAAACCAUUAUUUCCAAUGCACUGACUGAAAUGUCCAAUCAUCAUUUCCAUAUAUGGUUCUGUUUCUGUUUUGAUGUAUAUCUAGUUCAUCUAAGUCACCUCAUACUGCAUGACUGCAACUGCUACCAUCCCAAGAAUGUAGUCCCUUUUUAAUUAUUAUGGAUGUAUUAGACUGAUUUAAAGCUGUUAAUGAAGCCUUGCUCGAGUAUGAAAAAUUCUACCACUAACACAGUCGUUUCCAUUAUGAACAUCCUUUUGCAUGUUCUUAUUCAGACAAAAAUUCUCCAUUUGCAUCCUCUCGUUCCAGAACAUAGUCUGGUCCUUUAUGCCUUUAUUCAGACAAGUACAACCUAGUAGUUUAUUUCCACCAAUCUUUGUUGUGUCGCUUUUGGUCUUAUUCUGGUUAAUCGGAUUGAUUCUAUCAUUAAUUCCGGAUCUAAAUGCUCUAAUUUUUGUCUCAUGUUUUAACCCUUUGAUAAACCAUUACCAAAUAUUCACUGAUACUAAAUUGGCUUUUUCCUUUCAUUGUGUCCAGUGUUUAGACUUCAGUGUCUAUAUCUCAUUAUUUAGAUGUACUUAAUUUUAUUUUCCUAUCCUGAUCCUGGAUUAUUUUCCGAUCUUUUUCUUCCUGAUCUGAAGCAUUUCAACUUUUUUAGAAUCAAUGUAUUGUGCCCCUGAGCAGAAUUUUUACACUUAAUUUAUUCCUCUUAGUCCUUCCUUUGAGUUGGACAAAGGCUUGCUAUGUUCGCUUUUUUAUAAUCCUGGACUAACGGAGAAUAAUUUAUGUUAUUCCAAAAAUACUCUUUUCUAGAUUCCUUUUUUAUGUCAGUGCAACUUGAUCCAACAGGAUAUCCUACAUCCUAGCAUCCAAAGGCGAAUCUGAUGUCUUAGGGUAACCUGGAUUCGUUGCAGAAGCCUGUUCUGAGUUUGGGGUGCAUUUUCUAUGGAAUAUGUAUUGCAAAGCAAGGGGACAAGGGAACUUGUCUGAAUGUUUGGUGGAUGGUAUCCAAUUGGCAAGAUUAAAUGUUCGGAAUGAGCACUCAGUGCCCAUGUGUGUGAUCUGUUUGUGAUCAAUCGGCAGCAGUGUUGCUGACAGCCCAUUGCUGCUACAUGAAUGUAGCAACCCAUCUUCUAGGGUAGCACCAACAUUAAUACAAGCCUUUUACCAGAGUUCUGCGUAUCAUAGGACUUACCUAACAAUCUCUCUCAUUAGAGGUAUUUAACACCACACUGAUUUCAUAUUUGGAGCAACCGCAUGCCUAUUUUGCCUCAUGACAAAAUGAACUGUAAAGAGGGUCAUAUUCUUUAACAAGUGGAAGAGAGGUCGCAGAAAGAGUUAGUCUUAGAGUAUGAGGCAUAUACUGUGGAUAUAUUACGAAUACGAAAAGAGAAGAAUGGAGGUUGACUUAUAUUCAUAUCUUGUUGUGUGGUCAACAAGAUAUAGUACAAUCAAAGAUAUUUAUCAUAUGUUUUUUCGAUCUAAGGCAUUUGUAGAAAUUGAUUUGAAAGUUGCUACCAUAGAAGGUAUUCAUGAGUGUUCAGUGAUGUCAUCCGAUUUAUCUAAUGUGUUUGAUAUGUUUUUAAGAAUGUUGAAUCAACUAGUUGAGUAAUUCAUUGGUAGAUUUUUUGAGGAGAUUUGAUUCUUUGAACUGUAAUAUCGCUUGUCAGCCUAAACUAAUAGUCAAUAGAUCCAGUUAUUUAGACAUUUGGUACUUUAAUUUUUUGUAUAUUAGGAAAAAAAAUAAAAUUACGAGAAAUUGAUAGUUUGAGUGGCUAGUCAGCUCAAUGAAAUAGUGGGAAUGAGCAAUUAGUUUUUAUUUUCAGUUUUCAGAGAUUAUUCAGCAACUAAUUGAUUACCAUGUUUGGUAUUGCUGAUAGAGGAUGUUCAUAAUCAGGAGGCUAAAAUCUAGCUUUUAACAAUUCUUCCUUUAUCAUUCAACUAAAUACUAGUUCUUCUCCCCUCAAGGGCAUGUGUUUUCUCCUAUGCUGAUGUACUGCCAUUCUAUUUUCACCACAAAUUCCACCUCUUUUUUCCUUGAAACUUCACACAAUUUGAAAUCCUUCAUGAAGAAAAUCUUUGGGAUGAAGAGGAUCCAUGAAACCUGGCAGGUUAAUCUUCAAACCAAGGUCAUUAUGAUGAUUCACCUCAGAUUGGCUUUUGUUGUUUCGAAACACAAAAAAUUAAGAGUUAUUACAGUUGAUAAGUAGGAAGACUCUGUAAAAAAUUAAACGCUUCUAAUGAGAGAUGCUGAAAUGGACCUGCAUGGGGUAGCAUAAUGCUUAGUUUUGGGUCCUCCAAGUUUUGCCUUUUAGACCUUGAGUUUCGUUUUUUCCUUGAGCUGUGUUGGUUUGUUGGGAUUUUUCUGCAUCAAAUCCUAUUUUUUUCUUGAACAAGUAGGUUACUUUUAUUUUUAGUUUGCCAUUGUCCAUGUUGCUACUAAAUUAUCAACACUAGUGUCGUAGUAAAAAAUAUGAACUUCAUCUCCUUUUUGCAAUUUUUCGACUUCAAGGAAAGCCUCCAUAUGGCUAUUUCUGCUUGACGGAGCUUUGGAAUGCCUAAAGAAGACUGCUGACUCAAUUUAGUCUUCUAUAGAUGGAUUAUUUCAUGUCUUGGGAAACUAAAAUGCAUUUUUCGACUUGAUAGUAGAGUUGGCAAGUUCUAUCUUCUAAUUGUAUAUUCAUUUCUUGAGGGCUCAUCUUUGGAAGAAAUUACCUUGUGUGAUAAAGCAUUGCAGUGAUUUAUCUUCUAGGCAAAGAAACGAUUGCAAUGACGUAACGUUUGAGGACAGAAAUGUUUGAUUGAAUCCUUGGCUCAUGGUAAAAUCAAUUAUAGGACUAAAAUAGAAAUAAUGGACAUGUGGUUGAAAUCUGAUGCAGGACUAGAAAACUGGGGCCAUGUGUUUCCGAUGUGCGCAUGCUUGGGCUAGAAUGCAUCUAAGAGGAAUACACUCGGACACUUCAGUUCCUAGUUGACUCAUCCAGUUAGGAUUGAAAUCAACCUUUGAAAAACUUGGGUGCCUUUGACUUUUUUCCUCUCUGAUAUUUGAAUAUUAUAUCCCAUAUGGGUUAGAGGACGCUUCUUCGAAUGAGAGCUGGGCACCUUCGUUUUAGCCCUUCAUUUCAUUCUGCAAGUAGCACUUGAACCUUAACCUAGUGCUGAGAUCACUCAAAACAUAGCGUUUGACUAUUAGCCAAUACUGUAAAAAAUCCCAAGUCUGAAGGUUUAUCAAUCUUUUCUACGCUUAUCAUAAACUUCUGUGACCCGCAGCAUCUACCCACGCUUCCCUUGUUCACUUCCAUUCGCGUGGUGAUCACCAGAUGACAUCCCCUUCAGCUCUGACGCUGGAGCGUGUUGAGUUAGCCUACCUAAUAAUGGGAUGAUGUUUGGCCCAUUUAUUUAUCUUGUCUGGUCUUCAAAUAGUCAUGAGGGUAGCAUAUGACUCAUAAUUUAUGUUGAACUGAGAUCUUACAGUCAGAACGGUUGAGGGCUGAUUCCUAUGGUUUCAGCAGCAGAGGAUUUCAGGUUUACCAGUGGAAGUAGCUACAGUGGGCGUCUAAACCUGUUUGACAAAUGACAGAAACUAACAAUAUGGCUUCUGGGGAUUUGCCAUCUUUUUGAGGAAAUAUUACAGACGAUAAGAAGUUGAAAGUUUCUAGGCUGCUUUUUGGUUAGCCAUGGAGUGUUGAUGACGAAGGUCAGUCAGUGGAACUUGGGCUCCCAUUAUUUUCCUCCUCCGACGCAAUGUUUCAUGGUAUAUGCUCAGCAUAUUAGAUCUGUGCAUGCUGGGGACGAUGCUCAGAGACUAAUGUUGCUAGUGAGGUCUGGUAGAAGGGAAUUAAUUGUGAGGAGCUUUCUUAUUGCCAUCAUCCAUGUCUUGGUUUGCUGUGUGUCACACUGUUUCUAGAGAGAGAAGGGUGGGAGGAAGUGAGGUCUGGUAGAAAGGGAAUUUGUUGUGAAGAGUUUUCUCAUUGCCAUCAUCCAUGUCUUGACUCACUAGGUUUCACACUGUUUCUAGAGAGAGAAGGGUGGGAGCUAUGAUUUAUCUGCAAGCAUCUUCUCCUUCCAUUUCUUCUGUAAAUUGAAACAUCUGCUUCCUUUCAUCAAUCACAAACAGGUGUGGGAUCUUGGUGGGCAAGAGCGCCUGCGGACCUCAUGGGCGACAUACUACCGUGGCACGCACGCUGUCAUUGCGGUAAUCGACAGCACUGACCGGGCGCGCAUCUCCAUCAUGAAAGAUGAGCUCUUCCGGUUGCUCCAGCAUGAUGAUCUCCUGCAAGCUGCUGUGCUGGUUUUCGCAAACAAGCAGGAUCUGAAGGAGGCCAUGUCUCCUGCAGAGAUUACAGAUGCUCUAUCGCUUCACAGCAUCAAGAGCCAUGACUGGCACAUCCAGGCCUGCUGCGCCCUCACAGGCGCUGGACUCUAUGAUGGGUUGGGUUGGAUAGCGGGGAAGGUCACUGGUAAGACCACAACCUAG